AAGCUCAAUCAUGUAUCGAUUACCCAAAUCCUACAAAUCCUUGCGAACAGGUAGCUGUAAAAUGUCCACCUACUGAUAAAAUUCCUACAAAUCCUUGUGAGCAUUUACAUACUAUUACAAAUAAUGAUGUUUAUAUUAAACGUCAAACCACCAAUUUCUUUCAAGUAUAUCAUAUUUGUUCUUCUACGGCAGCCUUGUAUGAUAAGAUCACAAGGCGCUAUCCUCAAGCUCUUGUAAAACAAUUUCCCUUAAACAUACAUCCUGGGUAUAAUGAUUUCGAUAUUAUUGCAAGUUUUAAUACAGAUACCACUGGUCUUACUCCUACUGCCGAUUUCUCAAACAACAAAUUUGUAGGAUUUACGGAACGUAUAUUUGAUAGAUAUGUAAAGUUCAUACAGAUCAUACCAAAUAAG